AUGUUGGCACAAAGUGAUUAUGAAGCGAUCGCCUAUUGGGCAAUGCAUUUAACCAAACGGGAAAUUGUAAGCAAUUCAACCGCUGAUUUUGAGACUUACAAGCAAACUCAAGUUGUACGAUUUAAUAACAAUAAAGAUCUGUGGAGAAAGAAUAUGUCGUUGUUUGAGUGUUGA